GCGGCGCUGCCGUCGGCGGCCGCUGGGGGGCUCCCGCCCGCCCGCGGCCCGUCCCGCCAUUGCUGGCAUGGAGGGCGAGAGCACCUCGGCCCUGCUCUCGGGCUUCGUGUUCGGCGCCCUCACCUUCCAGCACCUCAGCACCGACUCGGACACGGAAGGUUUUCUCCUUGGAGAUGUGAAAGGUGAAGCCAAGAACAGCAUUACAGACUCACAAAUGGAUGAUGUUGAAGUUGUUUAUACAAUCGACAUACAGAAGCAUAUUCCAUGCUACCAGUUGUUCAGCUUUUAUAAUUCUGCAGGAGAACUGAAUGAACUUGCCCUGAAGAAAAUACUAUCAGGCUGUAAGAAGAGUGUAAUAGGAUGGUACAAAUUCAGACGUAACACAGACCAGACCAUGACAUUCCGGGAAAGAGUUCUUCAUAAAAACCUGCAGUCACACCUAUCAAAUCAGGGACUUGUAUUCCUCCUUUUAACCUCUAGUGUGAUGACAGAAAGUUGUUCUACUUACAGAUUGGAGCAUAGUCUACAUCGGCCUCAGGAAGGUCUUUUCCAGAAAGUCCCUUUGGUUGUUACCAACUUGGGCAUGGCAGAACAGCAAGGUUACAGAACAGUGUCCGGUUCCUGUGUAUCCUCUGGUUUUGUGAGAGCUGUGAGACAACACAGGUCAGAAUUCUUCCAUGAAGAUGGGUCCCUACAAGAGGUUCAUAAGAUAAAUGAGAUGUAUGCCACCUUGCAGGAGGAACUGAAGAAAAUAUGCAUUACAGUAGAAGUCAGUGAACGAUCUGUAGAGAAACUCUUAGCAGAGGUGAGGCAAUUAAAAGAAGAAAUAAAGAGGAAAAAGCAACAAAAUUGUUCGGGAGAAGAAAAAAACCACCCAGCAGAGCCAAAGGAGAAUAUUCUCCUUUGCCAGGCACUACAAACAUUUUUCCCCAAUUCCAGACUUCAGACAUGCAUUGUUUCCUUCAAAGGCCAACAACUAUCCAAGAACUGCUGUAACACAGACCAUCAUAUUAACGUCAUGGACAAACUGACUCUCAUGGUAGAGGAAAGAGACUUCACUGAAGCUGAAGCAAGGCAUCUAAACAAGCGUAAGGUCAGGGGGACCACAUCAGUUUCAAAGUCAUCCAAGAAGUCCAGAUCAUUGCAGCUUCACCAAGAGCCACUUCAAGACCAAGAGGACAGUGACCAGGAAAGGAAGCUUACACUGAGUAGCACUGAAACAGAUGAGGAUGUGUUUGAAAAAAACAGAGAUGCAAAGGAAUACCCACACUCUCCUACUUUCUAAUCUGUCAGAUGACUUCACACCAAAAGCUACUGCUGGUAUAUUCCAGUGAUAUAUCAAUCUCUGGCACUGCACGGAUGUAUGUAACAGGGCAUUUUUGCAGGUUGUUUUUUUUCUCCCUAGUGCACAAAUCCUGUUCAGCAUAAAGGUAAAUCCAAGAUGACAUUCCCUCACUUUGCCUUUCAGAGUUCCACCUGUCUUCUCUCUCUCAAGGUUCAAAGCCUAUGCCAUAGGAUGCUAUCAGUCAGAUAAGCAUGCCACAUACUGCCUCACAGCGAUACAACUUCAAGCUGCUGGUGAAGGAACAGUGCUACCCCUCCUGAUCCAGGGAGCAUCAAAUGAACACAUUACAGAAUUAGCUGUCUACAUGAAUUGCCACAGUUUGAAUACAUUAAUUAUCCUCAGGAAACCAGUGCUUGUUUACUUCUCCACACCUUACAACCCAGCAAGGGGACAACCAGCCACCUGAGCUUUAGGAAGACCAGUGAGCAGAGGAAGGGGUCCAUAUAGCUGCCAGUUUCUAUUAUCGCUUUAAUCUUCCUUCAGAAGAUAACUUUCAGAGACUUCAUGAAGAAAAAUAAAAGAAUAACUGACAUCCACUCCUCAGUCAACCACACAUUAUGCUAACAAACCACAUUUCCAGCAAACAAGUAUAUAAACAUGAAAAACAGCUUUA